GUGUUGCUGCUUUGGAUUCCAGCGUUUCUGGGAAGAUUGGUUUGCGAGCAGUCAUAUAUUAUUUCUGCACUACAGUAAUUGCUGUAAUACUAGGGAUUGUCUUAGUUGUGACUAUUAAACCUGGAGUGCCUCAAACAGCAAAUGAGAUCGACAGAGUGGGCAGUACCCCAGAAGUCAGCACUGUUGAUGCCAUGCUGGAUCUGAUCAGGAAUAUGUUCCCAGAAAACCUUGUGCAGGCCUGUUUUCAACAGUAUAAAACCAAGCGUGAAAAGGUUGAAGCUACAACUGGCAUGGAUAAAAAUAGCUCCACAUUUACAGAAGAACCAGUUACAACUGCUGCAACAGCGGAGGCAUCAGAGAACAAAACCCAAGAAUACAAACUUGUGGGCGUGUAUUCCGAUGGCAUCAAUGUGCUGGGGUUGAUCGUCUUUUGUCUUGUUUUUGGAAUGGUUAUUGGGAAAAUGGGAGAGAAAGGACAAGUACUGGUGGAUUUUUUCAAUGCACUGAAUGAAGCUACAAUGAGAAUAGUUCAGAUAAUUAUGUGGUAUAUGCCAAUUGGUAUUGUGUUUUUAAUUGCUGGGAAGAUAAUAGAAGUUGAGGACUGGGAAAUCUUUCGUAAACUGGGUCUUUAUAUGGCUACAGUACUAAGUGG